AUGCGCUCUGCGCUCGCCAGCGAGUCGGGUGCGAUCAACCCCACCAGACCAUCGGUAGGGAAAAAGAGGGGGCGAAGGAAGACCCCACUAACAACGUCCGACGACGGCGGCGCGUCAUCUUCCAGCAUCGAGGUGCCGGAAAAGACGAUGGCCAUCGAGGAGGUGGCUCCGGUGGUUGCGGGGCCUGCCACAACGAAAGACACGAUGCCCGCUCCCCAGCGGCCACCAGUAAGGAGGAGAGGCGCAGUGUCACCAGCGACGUCGGUGGAAUCGAUGUCGACGUCGGCCGCGUCCCUGGCUAGCGGGGACGAGGCAUUCCGCGACCUCGACCUUGCGCUGGUCAAUCUGGCGAAGCUGCUGUCGACUGUGGCUGCCAAGGGCGCUGAGCCAGGCAGCAGCUACAGGAAAAGGCUCCGGGAGGGAGCCGCUAUGGUUAGGACAAAGCUGAUCCCCACCCUGUCCAAACUCGUCGGGCAGCUUGACUCCAGGGAGAGUCGCAUUCUGGAGGACUCCCCGGUCUUGCGAGAUGGGACUCCCUUGUCGCCGAUGCCUGCGCUGGCACACUCUGGGCCCCCCGCGAGGAAGAUGGACACCAGCGUGCCCUCACGAGCUGUGAUGAGUGUGGCGGCGCCCAUGCCAGCGCCCACUUCUGUGGCCCCUGUUUCACGAGUGCCUACUCCCGCACUCCCUCACCCCCCGCGGAGGGUUGAGUUAAGGCCUGCGCCGCCUCCCCAAAUAUCGGCCAUCCCUGCGUCCAUGCAGAGAGGAAGGUUAAGGCCUGCACCAGCGCAGGCUGAAGACAUCCGCUCGCCACUGGCGAGGAUGGUAGACGAGUGGCCGGCGCUGUCGCGGCCCAGGCCUGCGGAGCCGCCAAGCAGAGAAGAAAUGGUGGCCUGCAUCUCGCGGGCGGUGGCGGAUGAGGUCCGCAAACACUUUGCUGGCCUCGAGGAGAUGCUCCGCUCCUCGAAUGGUUCCGGAAAUUGCGUCCCGGCACCAAAAGCCACGACCGCCAUACGGGACUGGGCCGCGCAGCCGACCUCCACUUCUACCCCAUCCACCAGGGUGGCACGACGUGGAGGCCGGAACCAGAAUAUCAGAGGUGCGGGAGCCAAGAAUCCCGCCCCGAGAUCCCAACCACAGCCUCGUCCCCUUCCUCCUCCCCCGUCAAGCAUGGACGAGGGCUGGACAGAAGUGGUGAAGCGGGGUACCAAAGCACGGCGACAGACAGCAGCUCUGGCAGCUCCCCAAGAGGGUCGAGCGCCGACCGCUGCAGCCCGAAAUACAGCGCUGGCGGCCGUGGCUGCUCCCCGCGAGGGUCGAGCACCGGCCGCUAGCAAGAAGAAAAACAGAAAGAAGAAGCCGCGCGCAGCGGGAACAGAACACCAGCCGAUCGAACAAGCAGGUUUCCGUUCGGGUUUUUCCACAAUAGAUCAUAUACAUGUUAUACAACAAGUUAUAGAGAAAUAUAAAGAGUUCAAUAGACCACUGUACAUAGCUUUCAUCGACUAUGCUAAAGCCUUCGAUACAAUCAUGGUAGGAUUCCGCAUAGAAAACGUGCAUAACUGCAUCGGGACGGGACUCACAUCGGCAAGCAGCAGCCAGCAACAGCAAGACUACAUGAAUCGAGCACCGUAG